AUGGAAAACAAUAACGAACAUAUUCCAUCUAUUGAAAACCCUAAUAAGGUUCCUCUAAAGGAUAUUACAUCCACAACAACUAUGCUAGAAAAUAAUUCAAAGUUGAGAGGAAGAUCAAGAAAACGGAGUUGGAUAUGGGAUCAUUUUAAAGAUUUACCCACUAAUCAAGGGUCUAAAGGACGGUGCAAAGAACUAAAAAAAGAUGGAAGUCUAUGUAAUCAUGUGGUUGAAACUGAUGGUGAUAAUGGCAUUUAUAAAGAACAAGUAGAUAAAGCUUUGGUUGAAUUCAUAGUUACUGAUUCUCAGCCAUUUUAUAUGCUAGAAAAUCCAGGAUUUAUAAAAUAUUCACUAGUACUUAGUCCAUCCUACAAAUUGCCUAGUAAUAAAGGAAUAAAAAAUAAAAUUUAUUUGGCUUAUGAUUGGAUGUCAGAAGUUGUUCAUAGUAAGUUAAAGGAAUCAAUGAAGUAUUGUGGAUUGAUGACAAAUUUGUGGACAGCACGCUGUAAUUCAGAAUUCAUUGGAGUCACAUGUUCAUAUAUUGAUCCACAAUUUAAAAUACAAGAAAUUAGUCUAACGAUUCAUGAAUUAAAACAUCUGCAUUCUGAUUCUACAAUUGCUAUUCUUUAA